GGCCGGCCGCUGAAGCCCAGCGCGGCCAGAGGCGGGGGGCGCCCGGCCGGCCGCCCGCGGGGCCCGCCGCGCCCAGGCUCGCCGGAGCAACCCCGAGGGCUGGCACGGCUUUUUGUUCCUCCUCACUCGCCGAUUCGCAGAGCCCGAGGAGCCGCGCCCCCGGCCCGCCCGGCCAGUCCCGGAGCCUGCGCCCCGGCCGGCAUGGAGACCGUGGAGAAGGAGUGCGGGGCCCUGGGGGGCCUCUUCCAGGCCAUCGUCAAUGACAUGAAGAGCUCCUAUCCCAUCUGGGAAGACUUCAAUUCGAAGGCCACUAAGCUACACUCUCAGCUCAGGACCACAGUCCUGGCUGCAGUUGCUUUCUUGGAUGCCUUCCAGAAAGUGGCGGAUAUGGCCACCAACACCAGAGGGGCCACAAGAGACAUUGGCUCAGCCCUCACCCGGAUGUGUAUGCGGCACCGGAGUAUUGAGACCAAGCUUCGGCAAUUUACCAAUGCCCUGUUGGAAAGCCUCAUCAACCCCCUGCAAGAGAGGAUUGAGGACUGGAAAAAAACGGCUAACCAGCUAGACAAGGACCACGCAAAAGAAUAUAAACGCGCUCGCCAUGAGAUUAAGAAGAAAUCAUCAGACACACUCAAACUCCAGAAGAAAGCCAGGAAAGGGAAAGGGGACCUGCAGCCCCAGCUGGACAACGCCCUCCAGGACGUGAACGACAUGUACCUGCUCCUGGAGGAGACGGAGAAGCAGGCUGUGCGCCGAGCCCUGAUCGAGGAGAGAGGGCGGUUCUGCACCUUCAUCACCUUCCUGCAGCCUGUGGUGAAUGGAGAGAUCACCAUGUUGGGGGAGAUCACCCACCUGCAGGGCAUCAUUGAUGACCUGGUGGUGCUGACGGCCGAGCCCCACAAGCUGCCACCAGCCAGCGAGCAGGUGAUCAAAGAUCUGAAAGGCUCCGACUACAGCUGGUCCUACCAGACUCCGCCAUCUUCCCCCGGCAGCUCUGGGUCUCGGAAGUCCAGCAUGUGUAGCAGUGGUAACAGUACAAAGGGUGGCGCCCCAUGGCCUGGCGGGUCCCAAACAUACUCACCCAGUUCCACCUAUCGCUACCGCAGCCUGGCGCAGCCAGUUAACACCAAUACCCGCCUCUCCAGCGUCUCCUCCCACGAUUCUGGCUUCAUCUCGCAGGAUGCCACGUACUCCAAACCUCCGUCCCCCAUGCCCUCGGACAUCACCAGCCAGAAGUCCUCCAGCUCAGCAUCCUCGGAGGCCUCGGAAACCUGCCAGUCAGUUAGCGAGUGCAGCUCCCCCACCUCGGACUGGUCCAAGGCUGGCCCAUAUGACCAGCCAGUGGCAACCACUCUACAGCGGAGGAAGGACCGCGUAGAACACCUGAGGGAAGCAGAAGUGGGUCCGGGCAGCGGAGGCUAUCCCAGCAGUGCUGGAGAAGAGACGCCUCGACCCAGAAUGUCUCCCGCAACUAUUGCAGCUAAGCAUGGUGAGGAGGUCUCUCCAGCUGCCAGUGACCUGGCCAUGGUGCUGACACGUGGCCUGAGCCUUGAGCACCAAAAGAGCAGCCGGGACUCCCUGCAAUAUUCCAGUGGAUACAGCACACAAACAACCACCCCCUCCUGCUCUGAGGACACCAUUCCCUCUCAAGGUUCAGACUACGACUGCUACUCAGUGAACGGGGAUGUGGAAGGCGAGGGGCAGAGCGAGUUUGACAAGUCUUCCACCAUCCCCCGAAACAGCAACAUUGCCCAGAAUUACCGUCGGAUGAUCCAGACCAAGCGACCCGCCUCCACAGCCGGACUGCCCACAGGCAUGGCCCUGCCUUCAGGUGCCCCACCAGGUGUAGCCACCAUCCGUCGCACACCUUCCACCAAGCCUUCUGUGCGCCGCACUCUCUCCAAUGCUGGCCCCAUCCCCAUUCGUCCACCUAUCGUCCCAGUGAAGACCCCUACAGUGCCCGAUUCGCCUGGCUACACAGGCCCAACCCGAGUGGGCAGCGAGGAGUGUGUCUUCUAUGCUGAUGAUGCUUCCUCGCCCCAUGCCCCUGAUUUUGCUAAGGCCUCCCCAAAACGGCUGAGCCUGCCCAACACUGCGUGGGGCAGCACCUCACUGGAGGUGGCCAGCUACCCAGGAGCCGGACAGUCUCUCUCAGCUGAGGAGGCAGAGGAGGAGCAGCAGCUGGCAGCCAAUCGCCAUAGCCUGGUGGAGAAGAUUGGGGAGCUGGUGGCAGGUGCCCACGCUCUUGGAGAAGGGCAGUUUCCCUUUCCCACUACUCUAUCCACCACCUCAGGAGAAGAGACGCCUAUCCCACCCCCCGCUGCUUCCAGUGACCCUCCAGCUGAAGACAUGCUGGUGGCCAUCCGGCGUGGGGUGCGUCUUCGAAGGACCAUCACCAAUGACAGAUCUGCUCCCCGAAUCUUGUGAUGUUGCUGCCACCUCCCCUGCCUCCCAACUGAGGGAGCCCUCAGGGUCUGGCCUGAGCAGCUGAGGCCACGUGAGAGAGGAAUUAGGAGAGAAAAACCAUUGGGAGCCACAUUAAAUUUUUAAAAAAAGGAACAAUAAAGGAGAAAAAGAAAAGUUAAAAAAAUACCAGGCAAAGCCACUUUAUGGAUAGAGACACAGAAUCUAGAUUUUAAAAUUUAAACAAGAAAAAACUUCUUUAACAAAUCUUGGAAAGGUGGAGCCAUUAGGCCUUGAACUCUUCUGGAGUCUCUUUUAUACUUUGUCUCACCCACUCUGUUCCCUUCUCCUCUCCUCAUCUCCUUGCCACCCCUUGCCUUCUGCACAUCUUCCCCCUCCCCAGUGAGUGGUGGGGAAAGGUGUUCCUGGCCAUCCACAAGUCAGGCCUGGGAUCAGCAGCUCCACAGCUCACCCAGCACUAACACACACAUACAUGCAGCCUCCUGCAAAAGAAAGAAGUGACUCGUGGUCUUUCUCGAACUCCGUUCUGUUCAUCGUCUCGUCCUAACUGGGGUGCCUGUCCCUAAUCUGAGCCACUUCUUGGUUCCUCCUUCUCUCGUUCUUGCCUCUCUCCUCUGUUCUUUCCUUCCUUCUCAAUCUCUUGGCUCUCCACAUUAGCCAUGAUGGCAGGCAGGAAAGGGAGAUGACGAGGCCAGUACCGUUUCAGAGAGUCGUGGGGCCCCAUCGGCGGAGGUCUUUUUGCUUCAUUUGAAGGAGCAGUGAGGUGGGCCAGAGCCUACCAGGAAGCUUCAGAGCUCCACUUGGGAGCCACCAGGAGUCAACUAUCGCCUUGGCCUUGGCAGUAGUUGAGGCUUUGCCCUAGGCAAUAUGGUGCCAGGGUUGUCGGAGGUGUUGGUAACCAGAGAGAGGUCUUGGUCUUCUAAGGUCUUCUCUACUCUUUACCUUCCUUUCCCUCGUCAGAUAUGUUGAUGGGCAGAGCUGGGAAAAGGAAAGCGAUGUCCAGAGUGCUAUGGAGAAACGUAGUCCACGGAGGCUGUUGGCAGCAUCUCCAAAGGAAGCGGGUCUAAGUUGAGCACCUUGUGACGGUAACUCUGGUGGCACUUUUGGGUCAGUUUCAGCCAUCCUGUCACCCCAACCCAAGCCUUGGGGUCAGGGGCUAGAGCUGUACAGAGGGGAUGUGUGUAGGGAGGGGGUGGGGGUUAUUUUGUUAAUAUAAUAAUAAAAUGAAGGCGAUUAUACCUGGGUGAAGAUGGUAUGUGUGAAUGUGAGGGAUGGCUGUGCGAGUGUGUGUUGGCAUAAAAGUUGUAUCUCUCUGCAGAGAGGGAUGUGUGUGUGUGUGUGUGUGUGUGUGUGUGCACGUGGCACACACCCACGUGACAGAAGCAGCUGAAUUGUAGCCGUAUGGGUCUUUGGCAGGAAAAGGGAAGUUGUGUUUGUUGUUAGAAAGCCAUGGAGUGGCUGAUAUUCUCUCUCCAGUGUCUGGAGUUUGGCCCAAAUGGUCGGGAGGGCCUGGGGGCUCUAUGCUAGAGAUUCCUUGGUGGCCCAUGGCAGGGUGAAGGGCAGUGAGGGAGGCAGGAGAAGGGGGGGGGCGAUUAUUGAUGAUUGGCUUUGACCCUCUGUGACCAGAGGAGAUGCCAUCUAUGAAGCCCCCAUCCGCUGGCUCUAGUCUUCCCAGCCUGUGCCAGGAAGCAGCAGGUGUGGCGUGGCAGGGCAGGGAGGGUCUUGUCUGCCCCCAUACAGUGCCAAAAUGCUGCCCUCAUGUAGGGCAGGGGGCGGGGGCUCGGGCCACAGAGAGUGGCCACAGAAGCUUCACCCCCUCAUCUUUCCUUUUCUUCCACCACUCCGUAGUCGAAACAGGGUAAAAAGCAUGUGAGAUUAAGGCAAGAGGAGUGAUUCCUGUGCCCAAGGGGGACAAAAAGGGCUUGGGCUCCAAUCCAAGGAAGUUUCAGGGUGUUUGGGGUCCUGACCACCACCAUCUCCUUGAGACAGGGUGGUCACUGGCCUUGGGAAAACUGGUUUUUCCUUGUGUCUUGGUUAGUAAUAAACGGGAGCCUCGUUCCUCCACUGCCCUUUGCCUUAGGAACCCAAAGACAUCUUUCUAGUGCCAUAAGAUAAAGGGGUCUCUGGAUUCAUGGCAAGAAAACCAAAUUCAUCCGAAUUUCCUCCCCUUUCUGUCGGGGACUUCAAAUAGCAUUAUCUACAUUCGGGGCGCUUCUUCUCAGGCUUCAGGGGGGCCCUUUAGCUUCCGUCUCAGGAGCCCCCUGAAGCAUUCCUGAGCUAGAAAACCUGAGGGCAAAGAAGGGGGCCUGGGGAGAGCUCUGAGGCUGGGGGCUGAGAGAUGGUGGCAGGGACGGAGGAUGGCCGGGGGAUGGAGAGCAAGGCUUGCUCCUUGGGCAGAGUAGCCGGUUUGGAAAGCGUUGGGCUGGAGUCUGUCGUGCAGCCGGUGCCAUGGGCACCUUUUUGCACGUGAGCUGAUGGUUUGCGGUGGUUUGGAGCACGGGAUGUGCUGAGGGUUUGCAGCUGGUGAGUGUGGUUGGGGUGGGGAGGGAUAGGGUGGUGGGUGUGUUUGGGGAGGGAGGGUGUAGAGGAGCAGUUUGGUGUCGAGUGUCGGGAAGUAUUAGGAGUUCCUCUCCCUCUGUGCCUGCCCUUUUCCCCCUUGCUCCCUUAUAUGCCAGGAACGUCAUUGGACUGCUUCUCAGGGGCCCCGUUCGGUCAUAAAGAACCUCUGCCAUAGCCCUGGCUCCGAAGCUGGGUCCAAACACAUUGAGGGAGGGAUGCUCUGAGCCAUGGCCAGGAAGGAGGUGGGGGUGUUGGGCUUUGCACUCUCCCAUUGGCUUCCCUCUUGACCAGCAGGGUUCAGAGUGGUUCACUCCGUGGCGGUGGGGCAGAAUUUUCCGCUGUGCAAAAUUCGCUGAACACUAGGGGAAUCCCAGCCCUCAUCUGGGCUUUGGCAUCCCCUUAGCGUCCUGGGUUCCAGCUUCUUUGAAAACAGAGGAUGGAUUAAACGUGUGGCCUCCCCAUUAGCUUUUUCCAAGAUGUGCAGGAACACUCUUGUCCUUUGGUUAAAGACAAUGGGAGCCCCCCAGAGGGUUUCAGGUGAGGGAUGCUCUCUUUCCUCAUUUCAGCUCCUAGGGCCAUGCAGUUCUUGCUCUUGCUCUUUGGCCCCUUCCAGGCAGGAAUAAGAAAUGCUCUUUCUUCCCAAAGAAGAGAAAAGGCCCCUGGGGCCCUCUGCAUGCCACGCUUUCCCAAAGUGAUGAUUUAGAGGAAAGGACAAGGAGCAGGACAGAAUCAGGACAGGCAUUGGGCCUCUGAGGAAACCCCCAAAUCCUUCCCCCUAGGCUGAGCCCAUCAUACCCCCAUUGCCCCUGAAAGCACCCCUGGUGUUGUAUAUAGAGCUCCAAUUCCGCCCAGCCCUACCCCAUCAUUAGUAAUUAGUAAUAACCAUGUAGGCCCCGGCCCGCCAGCCCUGUGACCGGAGCCAACAAUACCGCCACAUGUAGACUUUUCUUUUUUGUUUAGUUUGGGGAUUUGUUUGUUUUUAUUUUUUCAUUUUGUACAGAGAAAAAUCCCUUUCAAAAGUGUCUUUCGACUGACGUAACUUUUCUGGUGCUGUGGUUAACCUGUUCCGUUUUUUAAUUUAUUUUCCCCCCUUGCCCCGUGUUCCUGUCUUCCCUUUGGCUCCCCCUUCCUCAUCUGCUCCCAACCCCUCCGCCCCGCCAUCGCUUCCUUUCUUUUCGUUGGUUUGUUUGUUGGACUUUGGAUAAAUGAUCCUCUUCCCCUCCUGCCCCUCCAUGAUCCAGCCCUUGAGUUGAAUAGUCACUGCUACAAGUAACAAACGCACUGUGAACACUCCAGUAUUAAUAAAAGCUGUACUGUAAUGAC